AACAUAUAUUUUUGUUAGGUGGCUACUUCUAAUGAAUGUAAAAUAAUGUUAUUAGUUAUAUAUAUAUAUGUAUGGCAAAGGCUAGCGUACAUCUGACAUACGCUAUACACCUGCGUUCACACUCAUUAAUUAAUUUUAAUUCUGAGUUAAUUAAUCAUUAUUGAUAAUUACAACUACAAAGUAUAUCCUUUAAUUUAUAGUUUGAACAUUAUAGUACCGGAAAAAUUUAGAUAUACGAAUCAACCAUUCUAAGUAUCCAUUAUAUAAUACAUCGUUUCUCCACAUCAUCAUAAACUUAAACACCCAGGAGCUUGUUCUUUUUAAAGCAACACCCAGGAGCUUCCAUGGUUAACUUUAACAUAUUCAUGGAUUUGGUUCCAUUUGUUCUUCAAAUAAUCAAAUUAUAAUAACCUCGUUCAUUAGAUAACAAUCCCUUAUGAGAAGAGGGGAAAAAAUAGAGACCAAAAUUGAGAACCAAUGCCCAUAAGUUUUGGAACUGAGCACUAUUUCUAUGUAGAGUUAGAUUCAGAGAUGCAUACUCCACCUCUGUUUGUUGUGCCGUCGAUUAACUGUAUAUGGGAUUAUGGAAAUUAGUUAUCGUCGAUCUGUUUGUAUAAUUCGGUGUAUCAAGGAAUCCCCCCUUGAAUCUGAUUGUCAUAUCCAUGUUUUUGAACCAGAAUCAAAGCAAACAUGUGUCAUAGCAAGCUACGCCGGUCGAGAUCCAUCAUCGUCAUCGACAUCGGGAUUAGGUGGAGUCGAAGGGAAUUGGUGGGUAAAGGAAGCUAUGACAAAGUCUUCAAUAAAAUUCCAAGAAUCCCAAAUUCACCUCUGCUGGUAGUGAAAUCUGCAGACUAUGAAAUCUCUAAAAGAGGAGCAUCGGAUUCUGGCCCAUUUCAAACACAAUCCAGGAAUCAUCGCCUUACGAGAUCCGAAACUGAAGCUAGUUUUGUACAUUGAUCGAGGACAUGAACUCUCCGUUGAAUUGAUGCAGAAUAUGAGUAGCCACUCAUCAUUCUUUGAUUCAGAUUGGUGCUUAUGUAUGAAUCAAUACACUUGUUUCAGUAGCUUUCUCAUCAUUCGUGUUUGUAGAUUUACUCAUAUUAAGAGAGCGACUUUAUAUUCUGUUUUCCGGGAUUUUUAUUUACAGGGAUUUAUUUGACGAAAGGAAGGUGUUUUGGAGAAUUUAUUUUCCGUUGAUUAAGUUCUUAGGUAUCUUUUUUCACUUGCGUUGGCAGAUUAACCAUUGUGGAUAUAUAAUGGGACUUAUAAGUCAAUUAUAAUAAGUCCAAAGUUCAAAAUUGCGUUGAAAGCGAACAGAUCUUUUAAUUUUGGGGUGCAUUUUACAUUUUUAAUUUAACCGUAACUGGCUUAAUUAAAAUUAAAAAUGAAC